UCAAACAGAUUUGCCUGCAAUCAAACAUUUACGGAUUACGAAUUGAUGAUUUUAUUGUAGUGCGCUAGUGAUUGUUUAUGAGUUAAUAGAAUAUAAUUUUGUAUAGUUCGAAGGAGAUCUUAUUUAAAUAUUAUUAUAGGUACAUGAAUACGUCAUCCAAUGAUGUCACUGAAGCCACGCUAUGUUAACUUCCAGGAGACCUGGGCUAAGCUGAAGGAAACUGUGGCAGGCGUAGUGGCACUGCAGGCGGUCGAACGCGCCGUAUGGAACACGCGUUUUUCGGACGUUUACGCGCUGUGUGUGGCGCACCCCGAACCAUUGGCUGACAAAUUGUAUGACGAGACGAGAAAAUUCCUAGAGGAACACGUUUCCGGACUACUGCAGAGGGUGAAGGGAUCAUCUACCUUAGAUAGCAGUGAUUAUAAUGAUGGUCUACUCACCAGAUACGUCGCCGCGUGGCGGGAGUACAGUCAAGGUGUAGCGUAUUUAAAUAGCCUAUAUUCAUAUCUGAACCUACAGCAUGUCAAGAGGCAAAAGGUGUCUGACGCUGAAAUAAUAUACGGCUCGGCGGCAACAGUGAGUUGUCCGGAACACGAUUCGAGACAAUUGGAGGUCGGCGAGCUCGGGCUGGUGAUAUGGGAGCGCGUGCUGGUGCGGCCGCUCGCCGGCGCGCUGACGGCGCGCGUGGUGGGCGCGCUGAGCGCGGCGCGCGACGCCGCGCCCGACCCGCCCGCCGCCGACGCGCUGCGCACCGCCAUACUCAGCACCGUCGAUGUGCAGUCGUUCCGCGUGCGCACGCCCCUCUCGCUCUACCAGCAGCUGGUGGUGGAGCCGUUCCUGUCGGCCGCCGCGGCGCACCACUCGCGCCGCGCCGCGGAGCUGCUCAACUCGGGCGACGUGUCGCACUUCAUGAAGUACGUGCUGGAUGGUCUGGAACGCGAGAUAACACUGGGCAACAAGUAUUUACACUCGUCGUCGUCGGAGGCGGUGCGCGCUUGCUACGAGCAGGCGUGCGUGGCGGCGCACCUGCCGGCGCUGCACGCGGAGGUCGAGAGGCUGCUGAAGGAGGCCUGCGAGGACUCGCCGAAGGCCGGGGAGCGUCGCGAAGAUUUAAAACGCAUGUACGCUCUCCUCAAGCCGCUCGGUCAGAACGCGCUCAGGCCGCUCAUAGAGGCGGCGCACGCGCAGGCCGCGAGGGAGGGCCUGGCCUUACUCGCAUCGGAACAUAGUAAGGACGACGCGCACACGCACUUCGUCCAUUCGAUGCUGUCACUGCACAGCAAGUACAAGAAGCUAUUCGCUGAGGUGUUCGGCGGUGCGCAGGCGUUUGUGGGGGCGCUGGAUAAGGCGUGCUCGGAAGUGGUGAACGCGCGCGCGGAGGGCGAGGCGUGCGCGCGCGCGCCGGAGCUGCUGUCGCGCUACUGCGACGCGCUGCUGCGGCGGCGCAGCGGCGGCGGCUCGGAGCGCGACGCGGACGAGCGGCUGGCGGCGGCCAUCGUCGUGUUCAAGUACAUCGACGACAAGGACGUGUUCCAGAAGCACUACGCGCGCGCCCUGGCGCGCCGCCUCAUACACCAGCUGUCCGCCAGCAUGGAGCAGGAGGAGGCGAUGAUAAACAGACUGAAGGCGGCCUGCGGCUACGAGUUCACGAACAAGCUGCACCGCAUGUUCACCGACGUGGCCGUCUCCGCGGACCUGAACGCCAAGUUCCAGCAGUACCUGCGGGACAACAACCUGGCGACCAGCACCGGCUUCUUCAUACAGGUGCUGCAGCCGCAGUGCGCGCUGCUGCUGAUGUUCGAAACGACGGACACGCUGAAGGCGCGCGAGGCCCGCGAGGCGCUGCAGCUGAGCGACGAGGCGUGGGGCCGCCACGUGCGCCCGCUCGUCGAGGCGGGCCUGCUCGCCGCGCGCGGUGCUGGCGAGGCGGGCGAAGCGAGCGAGGCGGGCGAGGCGGCCGAGGCGGAGGAGCUGGUGCUCAAUCUGGCGUUCAGCUGUAAGCGGACGAAGAUCCGGCUGACGUGCGCCGCCGCGCCGCCGGCGCAAGGCGGCUCCGGCACGGGCGCGGCCGGCUCGAGCGAGUCGACGCACUGCGACGACGACAGGAAGAUGUAUUUACAGGCGGCCGUCGUGCGCAUUAUGAAGCAGAGAAAGGUACUACGCCAUACAGAACUUAUACAAGAAGUUGUGUCUCAGGCACGAGGGUCCUUCGCCCCUUCGGUGGCCAUGAUAAAAAAGUGUAUCGAAGCUCUAAUCGACAAGCAAUACCUGGAAAGGGCGCCUGGAAAUCUAGAUACCUAUUCGUACCUCGCGUAGAAUUACGUUUAGAUGAGGAUAUGGGGAUGCAUUGAGGAUGGGAUGAUGUAAUGGGGAUAGGACGAUGCCAUGAGAAUAUUAAUGUAUAGGAUGAGGAUGGUUUAAAGAUCGAGGAUACAACUAAAAUAGCAGCGAAUUUUUUGUUUAUAAAUAAAAUUGCGAAUGAAUUAAUUUAUUUUAAGUAAACCAUGUAAUAUAUGAUUAAAAAUCUUUCUUAAAUAUAUAUUAUCGUUUAAGUGAAUGAAAAAUUAACUAUGACUUAUUAUUCUUAUUCCUUGAAUAAGUUAGAAAACGCUAUUAACACCAUUGAAUUGCUACUUAGACAUGUAAAAACGGAUGAAUCCCUUCAUGAAAUAAAAAGAUGCAUUAACAAAGGAUAAGAGGAUAUAGAAGAUGGAGUGAUGUAUUUGAGGAUAGGGUGAUUGGUUUGUUCGAGGAUGGAAUAAGUAUGAAUUAUUCUAUUUAAAGUAUAAGGUGACUUUUGUAACUUUUGUAAAUUAUAAAAAAUACUUAAUAUAAUUAAUACAAAAUAAAAAGUUAUUUUCAUUUUCAUUAAAGAUUACUCUGAUUAUGUUAGCUUCUUGCACAUAUAUCAGAGUGUACCCUCCACGUAUACAUUGCUACAGAGACGGUUGAAUCUCAAAAUGUAAUUAACUUUAAAAAAAUACGAUUUUAUUAAAUAUUAACUACAAUAACUGCCUCGUUAUAAAUAAGCCUAUCGUUACUAUUUCCUUGUCUCGGUUUUAUGCGAGUAUCGUAACAAAAUAAUAAAUUAUUUAGACGUAUAUAAAAGCUUUUUUUUAUUUACAUUAAAUAUGACGAAGCCUCUUAUCAAUGGCCAAGAAAAAUAGUCUCCUUAGGCACGUAGACAUAGCUAAAUUUGAAUGCCUUAAUGUUUAUAAAUUAUCUAAAUCUUUAUAUUAUAAAUAACCUACUUUUAGGAACAUAAUAAAAGCAAUUGUAUUGGAGCUUAGCACGAUAAAAAUACAAGGGAAUUUUUUAGUGAGGUUAGAGGUAAAUAGCACAACUUUGACUUUAGGAUGAUUGUCUCCUAGUUGUACACAAAUUAGGUUUACCAUCACCCUAUCCUCAAAGUGUAUCCCCAAUCCCCGACUCGUUAUAAUAAUUUAUAAAUAAUUUAGUUA